AUGUGCAAGAAGAUGAAAAAGCAGCAAAAUAUCCUAAUCACAUCGUGCGACUUUUCAUUUUCUGAUCAUUCGACGUUCGUUAUCGGAUCAGUUUCUGGGCUAAUAUUCUGUUGUUCAAUCAAUCCUAACUCAACAAACGCACAAAUUUUGUUUUUAUCAAAGAAUCUCCCUUUGGUGCAGUUGGAUGUUGGAGUAGGUUCUCUUUUUUCCAUAAAAUGGCUCCCACACGAUCCAACUGUCCUGGCUAUCAGCACGGAAGAAGGCUGUGUAUUGUUUUAUGAACUCUCUGAGUCUUAUGUUUUAUCUCUUGUGUCGAAAGUGAAGUUAAAAGAUUCUAAACAAGUUUAUGCUCUGUCAUUCAGCGACAAAAGACUGUUCAAUUGGAUAAACAGUUUUUGA